UUCCUCUUUUCCUCUCUGCUCCCACCGUCGCAGUUUGCGUGAGUGCGGAGAACCGCACUUCAUGGAGGAGAGCAUUUAAAGUCCCUGCUCCAGUCAGUGCUGCAGGCUGAGCUUUUUUUGUUUGUAGGAGUCUUAACAGCAGCACACAGACCUCAGGAGAGCACCUCUGCACGAUGUACAGGGCUGCGCUGGUGUACCUGAGCGUGUGCUGCGCCGUGGCCUCCGUCGCGGACGGGAAGCCGCAGACCAGGAAGGAGCAGAACGGGAGGGGCACGCGCGACCCGGCAGCCAUCGCGGCGGACGCGCCUGCGCCCGGCGGAACUCCGCCCGCAGGGACCGGCGGCCGGUGCCUGGUGAAGGGGAUCUAUCUGUUCGAGGGAGCUGAGUGGUCUCCUAAGCCCUGCUCGGUGUGCCGCUGUCAGAGAGGAGUUCCAACCUGUCGCUCCACACCUUGCGCUAAUGGGGCUCCACUGGCCCCCCAGUCCUCAGCCCACCGGAAGAGGGGUCAGCUCCAAAAAGCAGCGCCGAAGGUGGGGGGCAAACUCGGGGGGAGGAACUCUAAAAGGGACGAUGGCAGCUCUAGACUGCAGCUAGCUGCUGUGUCUCCUGUCGGGAAGAACGUGGCAGAGAUCAGCUAUAAAAAGCAGGAGCUAGGGUCUGUUUCAGUAAAGAAGGUGACUAAGCAGGUGCCAGUGCUCAGGAGGGCCCAGGAAGCUGAGGUGAAGGUAGAGGUGAAGGGGUCUCUGCAGAAGGGCAAACCUGCAGUCAAGGCCGGUACUGGGGCAACGGAAAUGAAGAAAGGUCAGCAGGAAAAGAAACGGCUGAAGGCCAAAGAUGAGGACGAUGAUGACGAGGAUGAAGAUGAUGAGGAUGAAGAAGAUGAUGAUGAUGGUGAUGAUGAUGACAAUGAGGAGGAGGAGGUGAAGGAGUCGGACGGCAAGAAGAAGGAGAGCCCGACCACCCCACCGCCUGCACGCUUUCCUGGAGCGCCAUUCUUAAACCGGACCAACUUCAUGGAGUCCCUCCCAGCUGGGUGCCUGCUGGCCGAAUCUUUGAUUGCCUGUGGCAGUGUGGGCAUGGCCCACCUUCCCAUCAUCACUGACCUUGGAGUCAAAACCCUCUAUCUGGCAGAUAACAAAAUAGGAAAACUUCCAUUCCGGGGCCUCUCUGGGCUGCCCAACCUGGAAUGGUUGGACCUCAGCAAGAACAAGCUGGAAGACUCCUCCCUGAGCUCCGCCAUCUUCCGGAAUCUGACACGGCUGAGGAGGCUGAACCUGGAUGGGAACAGUCUAACCAAGAUCCCACUGCUGCCUGCAUCUCUGGAGGAGCUCAAGAUUAAUGACAACAAGAUAAGGAGCCUCACAGCUCACAGCUUCAAAGGUCUCUUCAAGCUGCUGACUCUGGAGCUGGAGGGCAACGGUUUCCAUGACGGGAACGUCUCCCCAUUGGCCUUCAGACCCCUCAGGGCCGUCAUUUACCUUCGGCUGGACAGGAACAAGUUUCGCGGUGUCCCAUCUGGGCUGCCCCCAUCGCUUCAGGAGCUGCACCUGUCUGAGAACCGGGUGGAGGAGGUGCACGAGGGGAUCCUCAACAAGUCGCUCCAGCUGAAGGCCCUGGACCUGAGCCACAACCGGAUACGCGAGGAUCGCAUUGCGCCUCGGGCCUGGAUCCACCUCCCUAAGUUGGAAGCCCUGGAUCUCUCCCAUAACAAGCUGGUCCACGUGCCGUCCUUCCUCCCCGUCGCCCUGCGCCAGCUCACCCUGCACCACAACCAGAUCGAGCGCAUCCCUGGGUACGUCUUCGGCCACCUGCGGCCGGGCCUGGAGUCGCUGCACCUGUCCUACAACAGGCUGGCCGACGACGGGAUCCACGGGGUGUCCUUCCUCGGCCUCUACCGCACGCUGAUCGAGCUGCUCCUGGACCACAACCAGCUGCGGUCCAUCCCCCGAGGCCUCCUGCUGCUCAGGACCCUGCAGCUCGUCAGGCUCAACAACAACUUCAUCAGGUACAUCCCCCUGGACUCCAUCUGUGACACGCGAGUCAGUGAAGACUCCCCCCUGGUCUCAGUCCACCUGGAGAACAACCUGAUCGACCGGCGACUUAUCCCGCCAACCGCCUUCUCCUGCAUCAGGACCUACCACAGCGUCCUGCUGAGGCCACAGAGACACGAGGAGGAAGAGUAGGAGCUGCUCCCCCACCUCACCCCCCCUCCAUCCUACUCUUCACCCUCUCCUCUUUCGCUCUCUUACCUCUUCCCACCACUCGUUCUUUCUAGCUGAGCUGCUCUACCCCCAGUUCCACUUCCUGUGGACAGCAGACCACACUGUAACAUCACACUGAACUAACAAAUUCAGCUAAUCUUGAGCUAUGUUUCCAUUAGCCUCUAUUUAUACACCUUCACAAUGUUGUUUCUCAAUUUUGUGCCUUGUACAUAUACAGUUGUCUUUACGUAGGCAGUUUUGGACAAGGUGAAAUUGCUUGUCUAAAUGUGUAUUACAGCAAAUUGAAACAUUUUCAGUUUCUAAAACACCUGUUACACACAUUGGCCACAUUAAAAAAACGAACUAUACUUACAGUAUGUGCGUAUGAUUCAUUAAUUCGUCGAUUGCCACAAAGUAUGGACCUUGCGCAACUCAUGUCAUGCCAUGUUUCCUGAAAAAAAACACUUGGAAACUGCACAGGGGAAAACCAUUGCUUUAACUUUCCCAGGAAAAUUUGUUGUGUAAUGGUAAUACAGCUUUAUUGUUGACUGAAUUAAUUAGGGAAUUGCAUGGAAAAGCUGAUGUAUUGUGGUCCUCCUCCAGAACUGGAGUUAAGUUGCCCUGGCUUAUGUCAUCUCCUGUCUCAUCGUAAUUCAUCUGCUUCCUCAUGCAUAUUUAUUCGCCUGGAACCUCCUCAAUAACCUGAACCUCAAUCCACAGAAGUCUGUAGGAAUAUACGAGGGGUGAUUAAACUCACGGCUCUUGAUUUAUCACAGAAGAAAGGAAGCAUUUCAUUAAUCUCACUCCAUUCCUCUGCUCUCUACCUCUACCUCUCACACGCUCUUCCCUUUCUCACGACAUUGACUUUCAUGGCUCCGGUCCUGCAUCGUUUGUUUUGCCAUUUGUGUUCCCCUGCUACUAUUCUUGUUCAUACUAACAGGCUUCUACAAAAAAGAUGCUUUGCUAUCAGUAGGAGCAGUACAAUGUGUUUCCAGUAUGUGUCGAAUAUAUAUCCAGUAUCGAGUCAUUGUGGAAACUGUCAGUAACAGUUAUAGUCAGUGCAUGACUGCAUCAAUGAAGUACCCUUUGUAGAGAAAAAAGCUCAUGAUUGUGUCAAUGCUAAAAAUACAACAACCUUAAAAAGUCUUAA